AUCUACCUGCAGACGCUGCUCGCCAAGGAGAAGAAAGGCUACGACCGCCAGCGCUGGGGCUUUCGCAAGUCCGCGCAGGGCGGCGUUGCCGGCGGCGGCGUCGUCGUGCCGGGCCCCGCGGGGGACGAGGCCGGCCCGGACGACGAUGGCGAUGACCCGGCCGGAGAAGGUCGCGGCCGCCGCAGCCGCCGCCGCGGCCGCCCUGGGAGGCGAGAUGCCCGGCGGCGGCGGCGGCGUCGGCGGCGCGGACGGAGAGAGGCCCUUCCCCGAGAGCCCGUCCCACCUGCGCCGCCACGCCGCCGACCCCGACGAGGGCUUCGAGGACACCAUCGCCUCGUCCCGACACCGCCGCGCCAAGGCGCCGGAUAAGAGCCCCUUGCCGCCCGGUCUGGUCAUCGCCCCGGGCAAGGGCGCCAAGGGCGGCGAGCCGGGAUCCCCUGCGGCCGCGGGCAGCCCCUGCAAGUCCCCGCGUGUGCCCGGGCCCCCCGCCGAGCCGCGCGCGAGGCGUCACAGCUCGCAGACGAGCGAGGAGGCGGCGCUGUGCGGCGGAGGGUCGCGGGGCAGCCCCGGAGCCGAGAAGUCCUCCUCGCCUCUCCAGCAGCAGCAGCUGCUGCCCCCCUCGUACGCCAACGUGGAGUUUCACGCCGAGCGGGGCUUGGUCCGCCUCAACGAGCGCGAAGUGUCCGACCACAUCAGCUCGCUGGGCAGCGAGGCCAUGCGCAUGGAGAGACGCAGGGGUGGCUGCGGCACGGCCUCGCGGGAGCCGUGCGUCUCCCCGGGCAGGGACCCCCCCCAGCUGCGCGGCCCCAGCGGCCCGGGCGUCUCGGCGUCGUCCUCCUCCGGCCGGCACCACCACCACCAUCACCACCAGGCCGCCUCCCACGUGGGCUACGAGGCCGACUACGAGGACGCGGAGCCUCCGGGCCGCUUCUUCGCCGCGUCGCCCAAGCAGCACCCCAAGCGCGAGCGGCCCCCGUGGCACGUGGCCGAGGAGGCCGCGGGCGUCCCCGAGAGCGCCGCUCUCACGGACGGGGACUCCACCUACGGGACCGGCUCCAGGGAGCAGCUCUACCCGAGCAGCUGCCGGCGCCUGCCCGGGACCGCGGGGCCCGGGCUGGGGGGGCCCCCGGGCGCGGGGUUCGUGGCGUGCAAGGAGGAGCGGCUGAGCUGGCCCAAGCAGCAGCAGCAGCGUGCGCACUCGCCCAGCAGCCUCGAGGACGCCGGGGGUGGAUACACGCCCGACUGCAGCUCCAACGACAACCUGACCUCCAGCGAGGACGAGCUAUCCUCCCCGGGGGGCCGCUCGGGUCGCGGCGGCGGCGGUGGUGGAGGAGGUGGAGUUGGUGGUGGCGGUGGCGCUGGAGGCGGAGUUGCCAUGGGGCUUGCGGGCACGGGGGCCUCCGCGAGUCCCGCGGCUGGCUCCAGCUCGUACCGUCUGUUCCGCGAGCGCGAGAACCGCUCCCCGAGCCAGAACUCGCAGCACUCCCUGGACAGCAGCAGCCCGCCGACCCCGCACGGCCACGGCACCCCGGCAGGGCUCGGCGGCAGCGGCGGGGGAGGCGGCGGAGGCGGCGGAGGCGGCGGGGGAGGAGGUCGCAGGGCGGUGCGGGGGAAGCCCAGCGGGGGGCCCGGAGCCAAAGCCGUGACCCCUCCCGGAGGGGGGCCCGACUCCCCGCAGCGCUCCCCCGCCGGCCUGGGCCCCAAGCGAGGGCCCCCCGCCAGGAGCCGCUACGGAGCGCCAGACGAUGUGUUCGACGCCUAUCCAGGCGAGUCCCUGUUCGGUGUGCCGCCCCCAGGCUACGUGUACGACGCGGAGCGGGGCGACGACGGGAGGCCGCCCCCCGAGGGGAUGCCCUACAUCGACGACUCCCCCUCCUCGUCCCCACACGCCGCCGCGCGCAUCCGGGGCGCCCGUGACGCCGCCGCCGCGGCCGCCGCCAGCGCCGCCGCCAGUGCCGCCGCGCUCGACGCCGGCAAGAUGGGUGAGGGCGAGCUGGAGAAGGGGAUGGAGAUGAGGAAGUGGGUUCUCUCCGGGAUCCUGGCGAGCGAGGAGACCUACCUGUCUCACCUGGAGGCCCUGCUGCUGCCGAUGCGGCCGCUGAAGGCGGCGGCGACGACGUCCCAGCCGGUGCUCACGACGCAGCAGAUCGACACGAUCUUCUUCCGCGUGGCGGAGCUCUACCAGGUGCACCGCGAGUUCUACCAAGCGCUGCUGCCACGCGUGCAGCAGUGGAGCCAUGCGCAGCGCGUCGGGGACCUCUUCCAGAAGCUCGCCAGCCAGCUGGGCGUGUACCGCGCCUUCAUCGACAACUACAAGGCCGCCGUGGAGACCGCCGAGAGAUGCUGCCAGGCCAACGCGCAGUUCGCCGAGAUCUCCGAGAAUCUCAGGGUCCGAAGCUCCAAAGAAUCCAAGGACCACGCGAGCAAACACACGCUGGAAGCGCUACUCUACAAGCCGGUGGACAAGGUCACGCGCAGCACGCUAGUCCUGCAUGACCUGCUGAAGCACACCCCGGUGACGCACCCCGACUACCCGCUGCUCCAGGACGCUUUGCGCAUCUCCCAGAGCUUCCUCUCCAGCAUCAACGAAGAGAUCACGCCCCGGCGGCAGUCGGUCACCGUCAAGAAGGGCGAGAGCCGGCAGCUGGUGAAGGACGGCUUCCUGGUGGAGCUGUCGGAGGGCACGCGGAAGCUGCGCCACGUCUUCCUCUUCACCGACCUGCUGCUUUGCGCCAAGCUCAAGAAGCAGGCGGCCGGGAAAGCCCAGCAGUACGACUGCAAGUGGUACAUCCCGCUGGCCGACCUCAGCUUCCAGCCGCCCGACGAGUCAUGUGACGCCGGCCAGCCAAUCCCGGUGGUGCCCGACGAGGAGAUCGAAGCCAUGAAAAUAAAGAUCUCUCAGAUCAAGAACGACAUCCAGCGAGAAAAGGGCAACAAGGGGGUGAAGGCGGUGGAGCGGCUGAGGAAGAAGCUGUCGGAGCAGGAGUCGAUGCUGCUACUGCUGUCGCCCAGCAUGCCUCUCCGCACGCACAACCGCAACGGCAAGAGCUACACGUUCCUCAUCACCUCGGACUACGAGCGCGCGGAGUGGAGGGAGGCGACGCGGGAGCAGCAGAAGAAGUGCUUCAAGAGCUUCUCCCUGAGCUCCGUGGAGCUGCAGAUGCUGACCAACUCAUGUGUGAAGCUGCAGACGGUGCACAACAUCCCGCUCACCAUCAACAAGGAGGACGACGAAUCCUCCGGCCUCUACGGAUUCCUCAACGUGAUCGUCCACUCCGCGAUGGGAUUCAAGCAGAUAGCGAGUGAGGAAUCUUACUGCACCCUGGAGGUCGAUUCCUUCGGCUACUUUGUGAACAAAGCCAAGACGCGUGUGUACCGCGACACCAUGGAGCCCAACUGGAACGAGGAGUUUGAGAUUGAGCUCGAGGGCUCGCAGACGCUGCGCAUUCUCUGCUACGACAAGUGCUACGACAAGAGCAAGCUGGCCAAGGACGACGCCGAGAUCGUCGACAAGAUCAUGGGCAAGGGGCAGGUGCAGCUGGACCCGGGGGCUCUGCAGGACAAGGACUGGCAGCGGACGGUCAUUCCCAUGAACGGGAUCGAGGUGAAGCUCUCGGUGAAGUUCACGAGCCGCGAGUUCAGCCUCAAGCGCAUGCCGUCGCGCAAGCAGACGGGCGUCUACGGCGUCAAGAUCGCCAUGGUCACCAAACGCGAGCGCUCCAAGGUGCCGUACGUGGUGCGCCAGUGCGUGGAGGAGGUGGAGAAGCGCGGCCUGGAGGAGGUCGGCAUCUACCGCGUGUCCGGCGUCGCCACCGACAUCCAGGCGCUCAAGGCGGCCUUCGACAUGAAUGACAAGGACGUGUCGGUGAUGAUGAGCGACAUGGACGUGAACGCCAUCGCGGGGACGCUGAAGCUCUACUUCCGCGAGCUCCCCGAGCCGCUCUUCACCGACGAGCUCUACCCCAACUUCGUCGAGGCCAUCGCCCUGUCGGACCCCGUGGCCAAGGAGAACUGCAUGCUCAACCUGCUGCAGAGUCUCCCCGAGCCCAACCUCAACACCUUCCUGUUCCUGCUCGACCACAUGAAGCGCGUGGCCGACCAGGAGCCCAUCAACAAGAUGUCGCUGCACAACCUGGCGACGGUGUUCGGGCCCACGCUGCUCCGGCCGUCCGAGAAGGACAGCAAGCUGACCCCCAACCCCAGCGUGCCCAUCACCAUGACGGACAGCUGGUCGCUCGAGGUCAUGUCGCAGGUGCAGGUGCUGCUCUACUUCAUGCAACUGGAGUCGAUCCCCAAGCCCGACAGCAAGCGGCAGAGCCUGCUCUUCUCCACCGAGGUCUGACGGCGACGUCUCCCGGAGUCUUCAAUCCACCCGCCGACCCGACCGACCGUCCAGCGUGGCCCCGCUCGGACACGGAGGACGCCCCCCCCCCCCCCCCCCGCCCACCCCAGCCCCCGUGGGCCACACGGGAGGCCGAGCGGAUUUGUCGGCGAGGGCGCGCCGGGGUUCUGGGCGGCGCCGACCCCUCCUCCGUGCGGCGUCCUCGCCGAUCUCGGCCUCGGCCUGCACUCGGAGUUUGUUCUGAACCAAACGACGGCGUUGCUUUUCUUGAAGUUCAAAUAGCGAACCGCGAUUCCACCCAUGCUGGACGAACGACCGUGACCGAGGGAGCGGUCCUGCCCGACCGUAGCGCGCACGCCAGCGUCGAUCUUGCCUUUCGUCCAAAGUCCUUAUCGGGGAUCGAACCACGGUCCACCACCGGCGGGUGUGGGGACCUCCCCGUGAGCUCCUGGGUCUCCUCCUCCUCCUCGUGCAGGAGCUGGGCCCCACGAACAGUGACGCUCAUCUCAGCGGCAAGAGCGUGACCCAGGCGGCUUCUGACGACAACAACAACAACAAUUCCCGUUACCUUAACAACAACAAAAAACCUGAUCCUUAUAUUUACAUUUUGUUCCUAUCUGUGUUUUGUGUAUGUUCAAUGAUGGCGUCCUUUAUUUGUUUUAAAGGAUUUGAUCCCAACACAGCAAAAGAUGUGUUGGGGUUGUGGAAUGACCCCUGGGGAAGGUCAUGCCCCUGAUUGGAGGGGUCACGACCCCAAAAGGGGUCGCAACCGUGCGGGAAGGUGUCAUGCCCCCUUAGGGAGGGGUCAUGACCCCGAGGGGAGGGGUCAUGACCCCAAAGGGACGGUUCACGACCCCGGGGGGAAGGGGUCAUGACCUCUCCACGUGACCCGAGGAGUCGUGCCCAUCCGUGCGCCCUCCCUCGCGCCGCCUGUAAGAUCUGCCGCUCCGUCUCUCCGGGCCGUGUCCCCCCGGAGAGCAUGUCCACUUCAAGUCCGCCCUCUGCCGCAGCGGCGCCGAGCGGACGGACCAGUGCCUGUGGCAGAAAUGUUUCUCUCGUGGUUCUCAUUCUUACGUCUUUAGUCCCUGGUCUUGACGAGCCAGCGUGUGGCAAGUUCCCGGCGGGUCCCGAUGGGGACCCCGAGAGGUCCCGUGUCAAUGUGGGGUAAUAUAUAUGAUAUAUAUGCAUCGCUCAUUGCGUUUGGAGGGGAGCCACAGAGGCACGCCCCCCCCCCCCCCCGUUAGGGACGUCUGUGGCAGGAAUGUAUGACCCCCCCACCCACCUCUGUGCCCCCUGUCUCCGACCCCCCCUGCCCCCCUCCUCCACGUCCCGUACGUUCCACAAAGCAGGACAUACUUUUUUGUGAGCAUGCAAGCCUUGAAUGAACACGAGGUUCGAAGUCUUAACCAAUUGCCAGAGCGACCCGGUGACUUAUAAUUUUGUAGCGAGCCUGUGAUGGUCGUGGGUGCGUGCGGUGAGCGGCUUCUCGUUGUCCCACAUGUGUCCCACACGUGUCCCACACGUGUCCCACACGUGUCCCACGCGUGUCCCACGCGUGCCCCCAGCUUGCCCCCACGUGUGUCCCACGCGUGUCUCACACGCUGGGGACACGGUGUGUGACAGCAGGGCCCACGCCGGCCGCGCUGCUGCCCCACUCGUCCUACACCUGCCCUGGCGUGUCUCCCACCUGUCUCCACGCGUCCCAGCUUCGUCUCCGCUCGCACUGCACCCGACUGCACACGUUCAGUCACUUGUUCCAGUCUUCUCCCUGCGUGUCCCACGCUGGUGUCUGCACCGCGUCCCCUCCCGCGUGACCCCCCCCCCCCCCCGUGUCUGGGACACACGAUGUCCGCUCCCCCCACGUGGACGCUCGUGUAGGAGCUGUGGGGCCGACGAGAGCCGGUGAAGUUGCGUGUGUGUGUGUAAAUGACUAUAACAUUAUUAACGAUAGUGAUGCUCAUCCAGCGAUGCUCAUCCAGCGAUGCAGAACAACUAUUAUGACGAUGACACCAGGAAGGCCGUUCUCCUCUUCACCAAGGGGGGGGGGGGUCCCCCCGUUGACCGUGUUGAGCUCCUUCACGUUAAGUUAUUCCGCAGCCGAGAGCGCUCCGGGUUCCGUGAGUUGACCCGCGGGUUCGGAGCGCGCCGUCCUCCCGGGACAAUGUGUGUUGAGUUCCUGUCGACCCGGGGCGAGUGCGAUAGUCUGUGUCCUGUGUCGCAUGCCAGGGUUCCUCCAAACUCCAGCCCUGGUGAGCCCCCCCCCCGGCCCCUCGCCACCAUCAAGCCUCUCCCUGGUUCCCAUGGUCUACUCCGCUCUGAUGCAAAAGUCGGCACACGCCACACGCGCCUGAUGAUUGCGCAACGUGCACCUCGGACGAGCACAGUUGAUCACAUACGGUGCGAAAAAGGUUCAACGUACGUACAAUUGGAUUAUGCGUCAUGUGCAAACCACGAAAGACACAUGAACACACACGCGCACACAUGAACACACGCGAACACGUGCGCGGUUUGUACAAUUGAACGACGCGCUCAGUGGGGUGUGUUCACAAUUAUCAGGCAUGUGCAACGUGUCGCACCUUGAGUCGAAACUCAGCGGGGACGAUUGGUAAACACGGAGAGCCGGGCCGUGGUGGGCCGCGAGGACUGGAGUCUUGGGAACCCGGUCGCGUGCAGUGUCGGUGGCUCCAGGUUGGGGAGGCUACGCAAAAUCCACCCCAUGUCUUCCAGUCUCGCGUGAUAAACCACUCACGUGCAGGUGGAUUCGUUGAGCAAACGGAACGCGCUGACCGUGCCGUCAACGCACAUAGAGACCCUCGGAGUCGCAUAGAGGCCCAUAAGACUCAAACCCAUAAAUACAUUUGCAGAGAGACACCGUGGCCUCACGUAGAGACCCAGCACUGGUGCAUUAUCAUCGCCAUCGUCACCAGUUAUCACCGCUCCCUGCUAAUUAUCAUUUGGUCGCAUAGACUCCGAAAGACCCAUUGACUCUCUUAGAGACCCAUCAACUCGGAGAGAGAGACCCAUAGACUCGCAUCGAGAGCCAGCACUGGUGCAUGCCUCGUCAUCAACCGCGUCAUCAACCGCGCCACACGCCGCAUCUCUGUGCUUCGACCAUCGGUGACUCCACCCCCGCACGUGGCUCGACCGCGAGACUGGAACCCCCCCCCCCCCCCGGGCCUGGGGCCACGCGACGCCACGGGUCGUGAGGCCGGGCCCGGGCUGCCCUCGGGCCGGCGCCGGUGGUGUAGACUGACAUGCAGGCAUGUUUCUUUCGUGCGUUACUUCGAUUUUAGUUUGUUUUGUUUUGUGUCGCUGACAGAGCGAGCCAUCCCAAGGUGGCCUCCUCCGCAUUGGUUCUUAUUUAACCCUUGACCCCGACUCUUAACCCUCUAACCCCUCCGGUGCUGUGCGUCGAGUGUUGUUUUAAUUUAUGUUCGGGUCACUUUCGUUACAAGCGUUCCGUUCCGAACCGGUUCCCCCGUUGAGUUCCGUUCCGCGCACGGGGGGCUCGGCUCAGUCGGUGACGCGCCGCAUCGAGAAGACGUCGCUGAGAGGUCACGUGAAGGAAUCAAGCAAAGCAUAAAUAAAUAAAUCGCAUUACUCAUUUAACCUCG